AUGGGUUCUCAAACCCCCGCAGUCAGUCAACAGCCCCGCGUUCCGAAAGCGGGAGUAUGGUGUCCGGCCGUGACAUACUUCGACCACGGAACAGACACCAUUGACCUAGAAUCGCAGAAGAAAUACUACUCCUACCUAUCUAAGACCGGCCUGGCAGGCCUAGUCAUCCUAGGAACGAACUCCGAAGCCUUCCUCCUCACCCGCGAAGAGCGCGCUCAACUCAUCGCUGCUGCCCGCGAGGCAGUUGGACCCGACUUCCCUUUAAUGGCCGGCAUUGGUGCACACUCCACAAAGCAAGUCCUUGAACUUGCAGCAGACGCAGCUGCCGCAGGUGCAAACUAUCUGCUUGUCCUUCCACCAGCGUACUUUGGCAAGGCAACAACAACAGCUGUUAUCAAGCGGUUUUUCGCAGAUGUUGCUCGCAAGGCUCCGCUUCCUGUUGUGGUGUAUAAUUUCCCCGGUGUCUGCAAUGGCGUUGACAUCGAUUCCGAGACCAUCACGGAUAUCGUGCGCGAAUCCGCGUCUUCGAGCCCCAAUGGUGUUUCGAAUGUGGUUGGUGUCAAGCUGACGUGCGCAUCCGUUGGGAAAAUCACACGGCUGGCGGCGACAUUCCCCGCAACGGAAUUCGCGGUGUACGGUGGACAGUCUGAUUUUUUGAUCGGGGGGUUGAGCGUGGGUUCGGCGGGUUGUAUCGCGGCCUUUGCCAAUGUGUUCCCGCGUACUGCUUCUAAAGUUUAUGCGCUCUAUACGGCUGGCAAGGUGACAGAGGCAAUUGAGUUGCAGAGGAAGGCUGCGCUUGCAGAGAGUCCGUGUAAGAGUGGAAUUGCGUCGACGAAAUAUGCGACUGCGCUAUUCACUGCGCCUCUUGCGGGAAUUCAGGGAGCGGAAGAGAAGCUGAAGCCGAGGACACCGUAUGAGGAGCCGGCAGAGGGAGCGAAAAAGGUCGUCCGUGAGUUUAUGGGAGGAAUGGCUGAGGUUGAGGCCGCCGUGUAG